UACGAGGAUAUUUACCACCGACUGACCACUCGUGACGCCAACACGUUCUACACGUCCGGCCAAUGGAUGACCGAAAAGGGCGGCGGAUCUGAUGUCGCCGGCGGGACUGAGACAGUGGCCGUCUCUAUUGGUCGAGACAUGUUUAAGCUCUACGGAUAUAAAUGGUUCUCUUCGGCGACCGAUGCGGACAUAGCGUUAACAUUGGGCCGAAUCGCCGACGAAGAGGGAAACGGAACGCGUGGUUUGACUCUGUUUUUCCUGAAGAUCAGAGACGAGGCGACCAAACGGUUGAAUGAAAUCGAUAUGAUUCGCCUAAAAGACAAAUUAGGCACUCGUCAGGUGCCCACCGCUGAACUACUAUUGGACGGCACUAUUGCUCAUAAAAUGUCCGAAGAGGGCAGAGGUGUGGCCGCAAUCGCUAAUAUGUUGCAAAUCACUCGCAUUCAUAAUGCCAUUGGAAGCGCCGCUUAUAUGAGAAGAAUAAUAAGUAUUGCCAGAGAUUACGCUCAGAGACGAAAAGCAUUUGGAAAGCCUAUCAGUGAUUAUCCAAUUCAUAUGCAAACUCUGGCCCGUAUGGACGUCGAGGCAAAGGGCGCCUUCAUGUUAGCGUUUGAGAAUGUGCGACUAUUGGGCAAACAAGAGAUGGGUUUGACUUCGGAUGAAGAGAAUUUGGACUGGAAGCGUUCGGAGGACAGGGAGCUAUGGAGUUUAUUGGACUUUACCGGUGAGAGCGGUUUCAAUGACUAUAUGAUAGCUUCGGGAAAAUAUGGUAUUCGUGCCCGAAGUGCACAUCCAGUCGGUGACGACGACUAUGACUACGCAGACAUUGCAGACGAUGGCAGUGAUUGUGUCUAUUGA